CCUAAGUUAAAGGUCCCACUCCAGCUAUUUUUUAACUUUUACCAUUGAAAAACUGCAUUCGAAGUAUAAAUACAGUAAAGUACACACACGCUAAGCUCACCAUAUGCUUCCCAGUCAGAACAGUUUGCGCAUAUGUUAUUACUACAUUUUGUGACGUUUUUGUUCAUUCUGGUCUUUGGCAGUUCACACACAAAAUGUUUUCUUGAGGCAAGUCGAAGACUUUGGCCACCAAAGUCUAUGUCCCUUCAUCUGUGAUUGGUCAACAGUACUACUAGUAGUAAGAGUGGGAACAUUUGUUGUCAUUCAGCGAGAGACGACUAGUUUUCAUGCACAUUUAUUUCAUUUGAGAAAUACUUAAUCAAACAUCUUAGCUACUGUAGGUGUAAAAUUGCGCGACUAAGACCUCCUUGUCAAAAUGAAUGACAGAUUUCUUGAUUGAUCUUAGAUGAAUUCUGACUAUUUUGAGGAAGUGUUUCUGCCUAUGUUGUUGCUACGGUGGCUCAAAAGGGACAAACAACAGUAAUAUUGCCUAUUUUUUUCCUACUUUUUCAAGUGAAGGGCUUUUGGGAGUAUGAGAGCAAAGACAGUCGCUUCGCCAAGCCUAAUUCUGAUAGAAGCUAACCGAACCUAUGUAUGUGGACGCCUUAAGUUUCCAAUGUCUGUAUUUCUCUCUCAAUGGCCAAGUGUACCCGCUCCUGAGGACCUGAUCUCCAUCUACUGCCACUGCCGAGGGAUCCCAUUCUCUCUGCCUCAGCUCAACUUCUACCUGGCCCUCCAUGUCUUUAAGAUGGCAGGGAUUGCUCAGGGCGUCUAUGUCCGCCAUGUCCUGGGCAAUGCCAGUGCUCCGAAUGCUGCCCAGUUUGGCCAGAGUGUGGAGCCGUUGGCCCAGGUUGGGCUGCAGAUUGCAGAAAGGUGCUAGUCACCCACAACUGCAAGGUGACCAUCGUGAUGUGCAAGAGCAGGUCAAACAAUGAUGAAACCAGCAGUGUCUGCCUCCCAGCCGUCGACGACCUUGGCAUCAGAGAAACGGAAUGAAAGAAAGAGCUAACUUUAGCCGCUGCUUACUAAAAGUCAUCGGAAGCAGCGGGCGGUGCUUGUCGGUGUGGCUGCUUAACCUCACAGGAUAACAAAAGCACUGUGCAUCAUCGUGGAUGGGAGUGAGAUUCAUAAUGGCUGUGGGCUAUCGCAGCUGGACAAAGUCUGAGGGAUAGUAGCACCACACAUAAGUCCCAUCUCCAUGUCUCUCAGAUGUGUUGUUCAGCUGAAGUGCUGCUCCCUCAUUUCUCUAUGCCGGCAGCUUAUUUUAAUAUACAAGAUUGAUCUCUCCUGUCCAUGAAUAUUCCCUUCUUAAUAAAUCUGUGACUGUGUCCCAAAUGGCACCCUAUUCCCUAUAUAGCGCACCAGUAUUUUCCCAUAUUGAGGCAUCAGAACAGGCAUCAGGUCAUAUUCGGCCGUAUUUCCGGUCUUUAAUGUACUCCUUUGGCAGAGUCUGGGCCAAUAGCGGUGACUCAGCGUGAAUCCUUCAUUUUAGUGACAGCCAAUGGGAUUCACUCCUUUAAAUGCCAUCCCCUGAGUCCCAAAUGGCAUCCUAUUCCCCUACAUAGUAAACUAUUUUUGACCAGGGCAUUACUGUAGCAUUAGGGCUCUGGUCUAAAGUAGUGCACUACAUAGGGAAUAUGGUGCCAUUUAGGAUGCAGACACUGUCAGAUCUGUCAGCAUUGGAGCUGAGAUAAACUAAAUAGUGCUCAAUACUCUACCGUGUCAAGUUUAUCUUCAAAUUUUUAGGAUAGCAGCCCGCCAUUUAGCUAGCGCUAAGCUUGCGAAGGCACAGUGAUUUGGGAAUUGAAUAGUGCUCAAUACCCUGGCAUAGGCAGCUUCUCUAUCUAUUUACCAAAUGUUUAUGGUCACAAAUUUGUGUUUAGCAGCACUUAGAUGAUAAAAAGUAUUGAGUGUACGAAAUUAGGAUUUAUACCAUGCUAUAAGAUUAUCAUAGGGGUUAAGGCUCUCAGCUCUGCCAUUGCCAAGUAAUAUAUGUUAAAUGUUGUUGCAUUUGGAACCACAGGAUGUUUGAGUUGCUCGGCCAGUGCGGACAUGCACAGCAACUGUAUAACUAGAGAAACCAUAAUAAGUCAUAUAUUUGAUCAAAUUUGAUCAAUGUCAUUUAAAUUGAGGAAAACACGUUGCUUGAUAAACAGCUUCAUUACUGACACCUAGAGGUCCAAUUGAGUUACUGUCAAAAAAAACGUUUUAUGAGCAUUUUAUGAGCUGUACAUUGUGAGCGAGUGAGUCUGUAUGUCUGCUAAUCUGUCUGUCUAUUUUGUUGUCUGUCUGAAUGUCUCUCUGAAUGAAUGUCUGCUCUAUUUGCUGUGCUGUGUAUCUAUGUCCCAGGAGGUGGUGGCCCACUGGAAAGCAGAGUGUGGCCUGGCCAUAGACUAGACUCUCCUGCUGACCCUGCAUUCUGCUCACACCCUGGAUACGCUGGGCAGCAGGACCGCCAGGAAACAGCUAACACACACCUAAUUAGCAGAACAAACCGUGUAAUUGUCUCCCAAAUUGUCUCCCAAACUGUUAUGUGACAGUUUUUUAAAAAUACUGGUCUAUAUAGACUGGUGCCCCGUGUAUAUAGACAAGACUCAUGAUGUAUUAUUACUUUUACUAUUACAUUUUGUACUUUUCUAUUAUUUCUCUAUUAUCUUUCUCUGUAUUGUUGGGAAGGGCCCGUAACUAAGCAUUUAACUGUUAGUCCACACCUGUUGUUUUACGAAGCAUGUGACGAAUCAAUUUGUUAUUUCAUUGAUUUGAUACUAAAUGUAACAUUGCCUGUUUGAUACAGACCCCCUCGGUAUGUAAAUGUGUGUCUGAAACCGUCAGAAGAUGUCAAUGAAUUGUGAAUAUGAAUUACAGCCUCCUGCUUCCUGCUUGGAAAGGUCAGUCUGA